GGAAAAGGAUUUCUUCUCAUUUGAAGUAGACGAGCUACUGGGCAGUUGGAGGAGCUGCCUUUUGCUGUAUUCGGUUUUGGAUUCCGCGCAGUUCUGAACGAUGCCGGAGGAGACGACGCCGAUAGAUUACGUGAUGGAGAAGGCCUUGGGACCGCACUUCUCUGGCCUUCGCUCUCCCACAGCCACCUCCGCUUCCGCCGCCUUCGCCGACGCCAACGCUCCCAGGCAGCCCUUCGUCAUUGGAGUUUCGGGAGGUACAGCUUCUGGUAAAACCACUGUAUGUGACAUGAUCAUCCAACAGCUUCAUGAUCAUCGUGUUGUACUUGUCAAUCAGGAUUCCUUUUACCGUGGUUUAACUCCUGAAGAAUCAAAACGUGUGCAUGAGUAUAAUUUUGAUCAUCCUGAUGCUUUUGACACCGAGCAGUUGUUAGAUUGUAUUCAGAAGCUCAAGAGUGGGCAAUCUUACCAAGUUCCCAUCUAUGAUUUUAAGAACCAUCGUCGGUGCUCAGAUAGUUUCCGUCAGGUAAAUGCAUCAGAUGUUAUUAUCUUAGAGGGAAUUCUGGUUUUCCAUGACCAGCGUGUUCGCAACCUUAUGAAUAUGAAGAUUUUUGUUGAUACAGAUGCUGAUGUGAGGCUUGCUCGUAGAAUCCGACGUGACACAGUUGAGAGGGGUCGGGAUGUAAACUCUGUACUUGAACAGUAUGCAAAGUUUGUCAAACCUGCAUUUGAUGAUUUUGUUCUGCCAUCCAAGAAGUAUGCUGAUGUGAUCAUUCCCCGGGGAGGUGAUAAUCAUGUUGCCAUUGAUUUGAUUGUUCAACAUAUACGCACAAAGCUUGGUCAGCAUGACCUCUGCAAAAUAUAUCCCAAUGUCACUGUGAUUCAGUCAACAUUUCAGAUAAGAGGGAUGCAUACUCUGAUCCGAGAUCGGGAGAUCUCAAAGCAUGACUUUGUCUUCUAUUCUGAUCGACUUAUUCGUCUGGUUGUGGAGCAUGGCCUUGGACAUCUGCCAUUCACUGAAAAACAAGUAGUUACACCAACGGGAUCAGUAUAUACUGGGGUUGAUUUUUGCAAGAAGCUAUGUGGGGUUUCCAUUGUUCGAAGUGGUGAAAGCAUGGAAAACGCAUUACGGGCAUGCUGCAAAGGAAUUAAAAUUGGAAAAAUUCUGAUUCACCGUGAUGGAGAUAAUGGCAAACAGCUCAUAUAUGAGAAACUUCCCAAGGAUAUCUCUGAACGGCAUGUACUGCUUCUGGAUCCAGUUCUUGCUACAGGGAACUCUGCCAACCAAGCAAUUGAACUACUGAUGCAGAAAGGGGUUCCAGAAUCCCACAUUAUAUUCCUGAACUUGAUAUCCGCUCCCGAGGGAAUCCAUUGUGUUUGCAAACGUUUCCCAUACUUGAAAAUUGUCACUUCAGAAAUUGAUGUUGCAUUGAACGAAGAGUUCCGAGUCAUCCCUGGUAUGGGUGAGUUCGGAGAUCGUUACUUUGGCACUGAUGAUUGAUCCGUUGCUUGCAAGUACAGAUUGUUAGCAGUAUUUUUUUCAUGACAUUCUGAAAACAAAUGUGGUAUUGGUUUUUACACGUGUACGCCACCUGCUACUAGCCAAGUGCCUGGUCGCAUCAAAUAUUACAACAUAAUUCGAGUCCAAUAGAUGAAUUUCAAGUCCUUGAAUACCUUCAUGUUUGAUCGAAUGCUUCUUUCUUUCAAAGGUGCAGAAUAUGAAUAAUAUUGUCGAUACAUCAAUCAAAUCUGCUGAUUAUAUAGACUUUUCUUGCCAAGAGUUGAAUUAACUUG